AGUGUAAAAAUAAGGCAAUCGCUUCCACAAGAGUCGGAAGACAAACCGUGACCGUUUUCGACGUGGCCAAGAUCGUGUGAACGUUGCCAAUCCUCUCAACAAUAUUCUAAGAUUUUCCGGUUUAAUUGAUGGUUGGACUGAACAUUUUGUAAACCGACAUAAUUUUAACGUUCGUUCGAACGCCGAGGAGUUUAUUCUGUAAUCAUUUGAUAAAUCAUUCCGAAUGUUAAAAUGGACGAGAAGUUAGAAACGAUCGUCGAUCUAUUGAGUGACUCUAAGAAAAACCGGCGUAAUUACUCGAAAUCACAUUUUUCAAGUGACAGUGAAAAGAAACAGUGGAAUAAAGGAAAAAACGUUUUUAUCGACGCUCCACCGAAAGACUGUGAACGAGAAUAUUUUGGUCUGUUCACCGACGGAGCCAUAGAAUUUUUGGCAGAUUUAUUCCUCGAGUUCGAGCAUAAAAUUGAAAGACUUUAUGAUGGGAGAAUGCGAAGAAAACUGCAACUUCGAAAUUCAACGAGAAUACCCGAAUUUUCAAAGUCUAUCAACAGUCUCGAUCGAAAUUGGAAAGUCGCACCAGUCGGAAAACGAUUGGAGAACCGUCACUUAGAUCUCGGGGACGUGAGCCCAAGUGACCUGGCUCAUUUCACAGCAGCAUUGAAGUCACCUGUUCAAGGCGUUCAAGUAGAUUUUGACGAUGGACAUUGUCCGACCUGGAAGAACCAGAUCACAGGUUUGCACAACGUGGGCUUAGCAGUUCGAGGACUUUUGCCUGGUGUGCCAAAAAUAAAGGAGGCUCCGAUACUGAUGCUGCGCCCGCGAGCUUGGAACAUGAUUGAAAAGAACGUGAGCAUCAACGGGCGUCGAGUUCCAGGGGCGCUGUUCGAUUUUUCGAUGUUGAUGUACCACAACGGGAGAGAAAUUUUCGAGAAAACUGGAACUGGCGGCUCGUUUUAUCUGUCAAAAUUAGAGGGAGCUGAAGAGGCUAAAUUGUGGAAAGAAAUUUUCGUUUGGAGCGAGAAACGACUAGGAUUGCCGAGAGGAAGCACCAAAGCGUGCGUCCUCAUCGAGAAUAUCCUCUCGGCCUUCGAGAUGGAUGAGAUACUUUGGGAAUUGCGGGAACACUCGUUGGGACUUAAUUGCGGAAUUUGGGAUUACGCGGCCUCGAUAAUAUCGAAAUUCGGAACGAACGAUCGACGUUUCUUGCUGCCGGAUCGUAAGAAAUACGUGAACGCCAAAAGAAAAUUUCUCCGCAGUUACAUGCAAUUGGUUGUUGAAAUUUGCCACAAAAGAGGCGCCCCCGCGACCGGUGGCAUGGCCGCCAAUCUCUUGCCAAUCGACAAGCCAAAUUUACAGCUCCGCGACAAAGUUGUGCAGACCGUUCGUCAAGCUAAAUUACAAGAAAUACAAAUGGGUCUGGACGGAUUUAUAAUUUAUGAUUUGGGCCUCGUGGAACCGAUGAACAAACUUUGGCGUCAACAUGGCGCCGGAAAGCCGAAUCAGAUUGAGUUUCCACUGGGCAACACCAACGUCGUCGUCAAGGAACAAGAUCUCUUGAGUCUUCCGGAAGGCGGAGUAACUCUGGCCGGACUCCGGCACAAUAUCCGUGUCGGUAUUCUUUUCAUAUUUUACUGGUUGAACGGAAAAGGUCACUUUGCUUAUGACGGUUUCAUCGAGGAUUCCGCAACCGCCGAAAUAUCGAGGUCGCAAGUUUGGCAGUGGAUCAGAUAUGGAGCAGAGCUCGAAGACCAAAACGAACGGGUUACGAGACACUUUGUGAAGGAAGAAGCGCGCGAAGUUUUCUUCGCUUUGCAGAAACAAUACGGCACUUGCAUCGAAGCCAAUCGAAAGCUGAUCGCUGCGUUGGAUCUUUUCCUAGAUUUAGUCAAUCGGAGGGACUUUCCGGAAUUCAUCACGACUUAUUUGAAUGAGGAACAAACCUUCAGGAAAUUUCAUUCGAAUUUAUAAGUUUUAGUGACCGUAUCACGGACUAUGAAACAAAUGUUCAGAGAAUAGUGACACUCCGCGACUAAUUUUGUUAAGAUAGAUCAUGCUCGAGGAUCGUAUUUUAUGGGUGUCUAAAUUCGACCGAUUUUCACUUCCUUAUUAAAGAUAUAAUCAAUUUAAAUUAAUGUCGAACUUAUUAUAAUUCGAAAUUGUAAAUACAUUUUUUCAACUUA